AUGAACGGACGUUGUUUUAAUGCUACACUCUCAAUUAAAAAAUAUUUGGAAAGAUGUCCAUGGUGUUUAGAUCCAAAUUUAGAUAUUAAAGUUGUUGGAGAAAAUAAUGAAGAAGGGAAUGGACAUCAGAAUCAAUUAAAAGGAAAUAUUUCUGAAGAAAAUGGAAAGACUAUACAAUUACAGAAUAUAUUAAUUUUAAUUUUAUCUGGUGCUGUUGUUUUUUCUUUAAGUGGCCUUUUUGGUGCCUUAAUAAUCCAUUGGCGUUACCGUAAACAAAAGCCUAAUUUAAUUCAUUCAAAUCGAAGAAGAAUAAAUACAGCUAUAGGCUGCCAUCAAAAAGAAAAAACAUUUUCUCCAAAUAAUUCAAAAAAUAAAAAAAUUUUAAAAUUAAUUUCUCCCCCACGUGCCCAACGUUCCUUACCUUGUUCACCAGAAAAGCAGAGAGAAAAAUAUGAACAACAACAACAAUUUAUUUGCGGGGAAAAUUGUCAAGGAGAGCAAAAUAAUUAUGACGUCCCAUGGGACAACAAAUUUUGCCUAGUCCCCCGUCAAUGGCUUUUAAACAACCAAACAAUUUCUUCAAAUAAUCACCGCCCUCCUUCACUUUUCUUUAGCGGUGGAAGUGAACCAAUACCUUCUUUAGGGCAACAACAAAUUGUCCAUCCCUACGCUACUUGUUACGAAUUUAGCCGUAAUGCUUCAAUUAAAAUUCCUUCGACUAUGACAAUAAGUCAUCAAUCAACACUCCCUCCUCCCCCACCACCUCCACCUUCAUUUCCACCAAUACAAUCGCAAACACUAAAUAGAAGACAAUCCUUCAUAAUACCCCAACAACAAACAUUUAUUUCCCCAAAUACUUCAACUACCGCCAAUUGUUCGUCUUCUUUUGGUAGACAUGAUGAUAGUGGAUUAGAUUCUGUUUAGAAUUGAAGGAAGGAAAGAAAUAUUUUUAGGAACCCAGUGAUUUUACUAAAAAAUUUUUUUGUUAAAUAUUAAAUAUUUAAUUUAAAUGAUCUCAUAUCCUAAUCUUGACAAUUAUAUUUUCGUCUUCUUUUGACACCUAUAGAGGAUGUUGCCUAAGAUUUUCCUUUGCGACCUCUGUCUAGGGGAUAUUUUCGAAUACGACAUUUGCGUAGGUGACAAUUGUGUAGGCGACAAAAGUGUCCAAGACAAUUGUGUAGGCGACAAAAGUGUC